AUGUGUCUUCAGCAGCCCUUCACAGAUCUUUCUUCCACGAACGUGGAAGGGCAGACCAGUGCCUUUAGUUGCUGCCGCAUGAUGCAGCAGCUACGAGUUUCACACCUUAUCAUUCAGCAGGUGGUGGAAGAGCAGCUGCCUACUCCCAAAGGUUCCUGUUUGGAGUCGGUGAAGGUUGCCAUUGAUACUGGUUACCGCCACAUCGACGGUGCUUUUGUCUACUACAAUGAGCAUGAAGUGGGACAAGCCAUCCGGGAGAAGAUUGCUGAAGGAAGGAUCAAGAGAGAAGACAUUUUUUACUGUGGCAAGCUAUGGAAUACCUGCCACCCCCCAGAGCUAGUGCGUCCCACACUGGAGAAAACCUUGAAGAUCCUACAGCUGGACUACGUUGACCUCUACAUUAUUGAGCUGCCAAUGGCUUUCAAGCCUGGAGAUGCAAUCUACCCAAAAGAUGAAAAUGGAAAAAUUAUCUACCAUAAGACAGACUUAUGUGCCACUUGGGAGGCUAUGGAAGCAUGUAAAGAUGCAGGCUUGGCAAAGUCUAUUGGAGUAUCCAAUUUCAACCGCAGGCAGCUGGAGAUGAUCCUGAAUAAGCCAGGACUUAAGUACAAACCUGUCAGCAAUCAGGUGGAAUGCCAUCCCUAUUUCACCCAACCCAAACUCUUAGAAUUUUGCAGACAACACGACAUUGUUAUUGUCGGGUACAGCCCACUGGGAACCUCAAGGGAUGAAACAUGGGUAAAUGUGUCUUCCCCUCCUUUGCUGAAGGAUCCUGUGCUGAAUGCCAUUGGCAAAAAGUACAACAAGACCGCUGCACAGGUUGCUUUGCGUUUCAGCAUCCAGCGAGGUGUGGUGGUCAUCCCAAAAAGCUUCAAUCCACAACGAAUCAGAGAGAAUUUCCAGAUCUUUGACUUCUCACUCACUGAGAAAGAGAUGAAAGAAAUUGAAGCCCUGAACAAAAAUGUUCGUUAUGUGGAACUGUUAAUGUGGCGUGACCAUCCAGAGUAUCCCUUCAGUGAUGAAUACUGAAAACAAAAUCUGUCCGGGCAGGUUCCUAACUCAGUGCCAUUAGGCUUCGCUGAAAGAGACCCAGCGUUUGGUGCUUUGACUUCAAGGGACACUGCUCAACUCCGCAUUAAAAACAUGACACUU